AUGCACGAUUCUACAGCUUUGUUUGAUCCAGAAUCUAAACUACUACUAUUUGAUAUCAAAUAUUCUACAUUAUUACUUGAUUAUGGAUAUUCUACACUACUUGAUUUAGUAGAUUUAUUUGAUUCAGACUCUAAACCACCAUUACUUGAUAAAAUAAACUAUUUGCGUUAUGAAUUAGAUUCUACACUACCUGAUUCAUAUUCUACACUAGUUGAGCUACAACUUGGUGCAAUAGAUUCUAUUCUAAUAUUUGAUGACAGGCUUUGCGUUACGACAACAAAUACCAAAAAUACAAUAGAUAUUGCAAAACUUGACGAAACAGGUCCCAAAUUAUUUGAUGAGUUCGGAAUAUAUACCACUUGA